ACAGUCCGAGGCAACCAAAAACAGAGACAGUAGACAAGCAGGUCAGAGAACAUGACCUCUGCAGGUAGGGAGGGGAAUCUCCAGCCAAGAAUGUGACACAUACUAAGCCAUAUUACUCAGUAACUACAGGGACUUUAGUGCAAACUGGUUGAGCUAUUCUCAGGUUAUAAAAGUGUGUAAUAAAACUUUGGGCCCGCAGGUGGGCCCUGGCCAUUUAAGGGGUUAAAUAAACAAAAGGAUGGUCUCUGACUUUUACGCAGUACUUUACUCAAUUCAGAUGUGUCCUCCAUUUCCACAUUAUAAACCUGGAAUCUAUUUCUAUUACAGCACAAAUGCACAAAAAGAAGAAGAUAACAAGAAAAUCCAUCCACACCCUGCCCAGAAUGUCCUGAGGUUGAAGCUUCCAUGUGGCAAACUCUGAAGAUCAUUUCAUUAGAUGAUGGAUGACAUGGAAACAACUAGUGUUGACCAAACACAUAUAUAAUUAGAUUUGCUUCCAUAAAAGUUAAUCUAAUUUCACUUUAACUCCAAGCUUUCACAGACAGACCAUGGCACUUCUGUACUGGAUGCGUCUGCCAGCUUUGGUGUCCUCUUGUGUGACACUUGGCCUGGUAGCACAUGCAGGUGGAUUGGCUGGAGGAGUUGGUGCGUGGUGUAUAUUUUGCUGGACCUUCAGCUUCAUUGGCACUCUUCUGAUCUUUCUGGUGGAGACGUUUCACUUGACAAAGUAUGUCACGGAGUUCUGGGUCAACUUCCCAGUCACCUUCUCCAGCUAUGCAGCACUGCUGUGUCUCUUUGCAUCCAUCAUCUUUCCCCAUAACUUUAUAGAUGGCCAACAGAAAUACGAUGUGCACAACCACCUUAUAGCAAGUGAGAUUUUCUCUUGUCUGGCCACUUUGGCGUACAUGCUUGAGAUUUGGGUUGCACGGGUGGAGUCAAAGUGCUACAUGGCCACUGCACGAGGUCUUCUGCUGGUCUGCCAAACCUAUGUGGCGGGGAUCAUCUUCUUCUUCAUCAGCAGUCCAGUGUCAUACACGGACCAGGCUGCUGUGAGGUGGUGCAUGGCAGUUUACUGCAUUUGCUUCAUCUGCUCAGCAGGUGGCAUCAUCAAGAUUGUGAUCUGUAACCUUGAGGAGCCAAGAUGGCUAAAACACUACAGCUUGUGUGCUGCUAUCCUGUACUUCAGUGCGACCAUCAUCUGGCCCGUGUUCAAAUUCAACAGCCAUUAUCCAAGUCAAAUCUAUCCCUCUGAAUCCUGCCAGGGUGGUGUAAGAUUGUGUCCUUGGGGCAGACUGGUAGUAGUGUCUGUGCUAACUUCCCUCAACUUCCUGCUUUACUCCUUCAGUAUGUGUUGCUCCUCCUGCACUUCAGGCUUAGAAAAUGAACACCAGUAUGGUGGACUUCCAGACACAUCUACAGUACAAGUCCCAAGUCCUUCACAGCAGUACACAUCAGAUCCAGGCAGACGACUUCUAGGAGACGGCAGCAGGAACCUGCGCAUCUACCAGAGCCUGAACCAGCCCAAUCUUGUGAUGGUUGAACCAAAUGUGAUUGUUUGCAAUGUGGCCUUUGUCAGACAGACUUAUUUAAGCCAAUAGACUUCAGUGAAGCAAUGUUAAAACACAAACCUUCAGAUGGGAUGAUAUUUUUUAUUGAAUUGCAGAACAAGUACUGCUACUAAGUUGUACUGCAGUAAGUCACUCUUUUUAACAUAUUUCUUACCAAGAGAGUAUGCAGAUACUAUUUCUCUGUAAGUGCAAAAAGGAAAAAAAAUCUAAUUACAAAACCUGUUAUUUUUCUUUUUUCUCAUUUUGAUUUAGUAGUAGAGAAAUUUUAUCUAUAUAUUUCAUGAUCAUCCUAAUGUUUUCUAUAAUAUAAUGAUAUAUAUUGAUAUAAAUAUUCUCCAUGCAGCACAGCAAUUAACGUCAGUUCACAUAAGUACUUUUAUUUUUCAGUUUUUGUCUAAUUUUAUUUUUUUGCACUUGGAAUAUGAAAGCAUACAAUAAUACAUUAACCAAAUUACAUUAUAAUUGAUAGGCAGAACUAAACAAUAAUUAGUCAUUACUAAUUUAAUACCUGCUUUUUAUAUGUUAAUAUGUUGUAACACAAGCAUCCUUUGAGUGUGUCAUGUGGAAUGUAGCAGUUAUGUAAGGUGUAAUAAGCAAUACCAUGCUUAAUAACCAUAGCACUAGUGUUUCUUACAGUUUUGCCUUUUAUUUGCUACUGUAAUACGGCAAACUGUAGUUAUGAAUUUGUUUACAAUUGUUUAGUGAGAGUGACUGGGGUUUAAUUUGAGCUUGAAACAAUAAUGCACAAUAACUGAUAUUAAUAACAUUUACAUUAUUUUGUAAUUGUAUGUGGUUAAUUAUAUGUGGUGUUCUAAUAAUGUGCUAACAGGCUUGUACAAUAAAGCACUUUUUUACCCACAAC